GCGGGAUGACACCAAGCGCACCCUAAGAGGACAGCAUCUGCAUCGUCAUGCCAUCCGAGGAGAAAGCGCCCCAGGGUCCAUUAGAUAUAUGCCUCCCUCCAUUGGCCCUCCCCUUGCGGCUCCUGAUAGACAUGCAGCCGGGUUAUCGGGCUGGGCCGAAUUGGCUGCCGGUCUGCCUCUCAUUGGCCUCGUCUUCCCUGUCAGCAGCUUUUCCCGUCCCAUUCUCUGGGCUGAAAGCUGGCGAUAA